GAUGCUCAGGUUUCAGCAGUAUCCAACAGUGUGUUUGUGCAGCUGAUGCUAGUGAACCACCCAUGUCUGGUCCCUGAGAUGUCUGAUCUGGACUACUGUGAUGCACAGUAUAUGGAGCUGGCUUUGAAAACUUGGACAACAUCAGCUCAUUCUGAAUGCUGUGGCUGUAUUGCUGACUGGGACCCUUACAAAGGAACACAUGUCUCCCUUGUUACAGCAACUUCACUGGGUGCCAGGCUUUUUCCAGGCACAAUUCGGAGACUUGGUUAUGACAUGUAAUGCACUUGGGACCAGGCUACCUGAAAGAUCAUCUUAUGCGUAAGCCUUCCAGGGACUGAAGAUAUUAAAGAGAGGCCCUUCUUUUGGUACUACCAUCUUCAGUGGUGCAUUUGGUGCUGAUGCAAGAGAGGGUCAUCUCAGUGGCUGCAAGGGAGGCCGAGUUUGCUGCCUCUUUGCUUUUUUGCUGCCAGGCAAAUCUGUUUUUAAUCAAUCAGGCCUUUGGCAAUAUGCCGGCUCCUGAGCAGACCCCUUUGGAAGAAGGGCUACAACAGACCACCCAGGAAUCUUCCACAAGUCCAGGCAUGGAGACAGAGGCUACUGCCACUACUAUUCUUGCUUCUGUAAAAGAACAGGAGCUCCAGUUUCAAAGGCUCACCAGAGAACUUGAGGUGGAAAGGCAAAUUGUUGCCAGUCAAUUAGAAAGGUGCAGGCUUGGAGCAGAAUCACCGAGCAUUGCAAGCACAAGCUCUACUGAGAAAUCAUUUCCUUGGAGAUCUGCAGAUUUGCCAAACACAGGUGUAAAUAAACUCAGAACAUCUGAAAGUGUUCAUAUUACUUCCUAUCAUGUUGGAACAGAGCCAGAACAAGGGAAUCUCUACUCACCAGAGCAAUCAUCACUCCAUGAAAGUGAGGGGUCUGUGGGUAACUCUAGAACUUCAACACAGAUGAAUUCAUAUUCUGACAGUGGGUACCAGGAAGUAGGCAAUUUCCAUAACAGCCAGAAUCUGGGAAAGGGGGAGAACAGACAGCAACAUCCAUUUAUUGGACCAAAUAAUAACCAUUUAGUGAGAAAUUCACGGGCUGAAGGUCAAGCUUUGGUUCAGACAUCAUCAAAUAUAGCUGCCAACAGAGCCAUGAGACGUGUGAGUUCUGUUCCAUCAAGGGCCCAGUCUCCUUCUUAUGUAACCACUGCAGGAGUUUCUCCUUCGAGGGGCUCACUAAGAACUUCUUUAGGGAGUGGCUAUGGUUCACCAUCUGUUACUGAGUCACGCUCUCUUAAUUCUAAUGUGUUCUCAUCCACAACAUUACCUGUACAACGAGCAGCCUCUCCAUUUACUGCACAAAGACCUGCUUCACCAAUAGCAGUGCGCCGAAUUGGUUCAGUGACAUCUAGGCAAUCAACCAAUCCCAAUGGAGGGACUCCCCAGUACCAGCCUUCAGUCAGGGUUGGUUCACCUCUUACACUAAACGAUACACAGACAAGAGUAGCCUCUCCACCCCAAACUCAAGUUGGAUCUUCAUCACCAAAGCGUUCUGGGAUGACUGCAGUUCCACAGCAUUUGGGAACAUCGUUACAACAGACACUUCAUGACAUUGAGCAAUAUGCGCAACAGUAUGAUAUCUAUGAAAGAAUGGUUCCACCCCGUCCAGAUAGCCUUACAGGCUUGAGGAGUUCAUAUGCUAGUCAACACAGCCAGCUUGGUCAAGAGCUGCGGUCAACUGUAUCUCCUGAUCUUCACAUUACUCCCAUAUAUGAAGGCAGAACCUAUUAUAGUCCAGUGUACCACAGUCCAAGUCAUGGAACAAGUGAUGCAUACCAAGGUUCCCAGACAGCAUUAUAUCGAACUGGAUCAGCAGGUGCUGGAAAUCUACAAAGAUCAUCCAGUCAGCGUAGCACGCUUGCAUACCAAAGAAACAAUUAUGCUCUGAACACAACAGCUACCUACGCAGAACCCUACAGAUCAUUGCAUUACCGACUCUCAGAGUCCAGUUACAAUAGGAUGCAACAUGCAGCCCCUGCAGAUGAUGGUACAACAAGAUCUCCUUCCAUAGACAGUAUCCAGAAAGAUCCAAGAGAAUUUGCAUGGCGGGAUCCCGAAUUGCCUGAGGUCAUUCACAUGCUUCAGCAUCAGUUCCCAUCAGUUCAAGCCAAUGCUGCAGCCUACCUUCAGCACCUGUGCUUUGGGGAUAACAAAGUAAAAACCGAGGUAUGUAGGUUGGGAGGGAUCAAACAUCUGGUUGACCUGUUGGAUCACAGGGUCCUUGAAGUUCAAAAGAAUGCUUGUGGUGCAUUGCGGAACCUGGUUUAUGGAAAGUCUACAGAUGAAAAUAAAAUAGCAAUGAAAAACGUUGGUGGGAUACCUGCACUUUUACGAUUGCUAAGAAAGUCAAUUGAUGCAGAAGUAAGAGAACUUGUCACAGGCGUUCUCUGGAACUUGUCUUCAUGUGAUGCAGUUAAAAUGACAAUCAUUCGAGAUGCUCUGGCAACACUAACAAACACUGUGAUAGUUCCUCACUCUGGGUGGAAUAAUUCUUCCUUUGAUGAUGAUCAUAAAAUUAAAUUCCAAACUUCUCUAGUUCUACGCAACACAACAGGAUGCCUGAGGAAUCUAAGCUCUGCAGGAGAAGAGGCACGGAAACAAAUGAGAUCUUGUGAAGGGCUGGUUGAUUCAUUGUUAUAUGUGAUCCAUACAUGUGUGAACACUUCUGAUUAUGACAGCAAGACAGUGGAAAAUUGUGUGUGCACACUAAGGAAUCUCUCCUACCGCUUAGAGCUUGAGGUGCCUCAGGCUCGCCUGCUGGGUAUAAAUGAGUUGGAUGACUUUUUGGGGAAGGAAUCACCUAGCAAAGAUUCAGAGCCAAGCUGUUGGGGGAAAAAGAAGAAAAAGAAGAAGAAAACAUUGCAAGAGGAUCAGUGGGAUGGAGUUGGCCCAAUUCCAGGAUUGUCGAAGUCUCCUAAAGGUGUGGAAAUGCUGUGGCACCCUUCUGUAGUAAAACCAUAUCUAACUCUUCUAGCUGAAAGUUCCAACCCUGCUACUUUGGAGGGUUCUGCAGGAUCUCUCCAGAACCUUUCUGCAGGCAACUGGAAGUUUGCAGCCUAUAUUCGAGCUGCUGUAAGGAAAGAAAAAGGGCUUCCAAUUCUUGUGGAAUUGUUGAGAAUGGACAAUGACAGAGUUGUUUCUUCUGUGGCAACUGCUUUGAGAAAUAUGGCAUUAGAUGUUCGUAACAAAGAGCUUAUCGGUAAAUAUGCUAUGCGAGAUCUGGUAAAUCGCCUUCCAGGAGGCAAUGGACCAAACAUUCUCUCUGAUGAAACAGUGGCAGCAAUCUGCUGUGCUUUGCAUGAGGUCACCAGCAAAAACAUGGAAAAUGCCAAAGCCUUGGCUGACACGGGAGGAAUAGAAAAACUGGUGAACAUAACAAAAGGAAGGGGUGACAGGUCAUCACUGAAGGUUGUCAAGGCAGCAGCCCAGGUGCUGAACACAUUAUGGCAAUACCGUGAUCUGCGUAGCAUUUAUAAAAAGGAUGGUUGGAAUCAAAAUCAUUUUAUUACUCCAGUGUCAACUCUUGAGCGUGACAGAUUCAAGUCACACCCCUCCUUGUCUACAACAAAUCAGCAAAUGUCACCUAUCAUUCAGUCUGUUGGCAGUACAUCUUCAUCACCGGCACUAUUAGGAAUUAGAGAUCCUCGUUCCGAAUAUGAUAGGACCCAAACCUCUAUGCAGUAUUACAAUAGCCAAGGUGACGGGAUUGCACAUAAAGACAUCUAUACUGGGUCUAGCAAACCUUCACCAAUUUAUAUCAGUUCCUAUUCUUCACCAGCAAGAGACCAAAAUAGACGACUACAGCAUCAACAGUUGUACUACAGUCAAGAGGAUUCCAACAGAAAGAACUAUGAUGCAUACAGGUUAUACCUACAGUCCCCACAUAGCUAUGAAGACCCAUAUUUUGAUGAACGAGUUCACUUUCCAGCUACUACAGAUUACACAGCACAGUAUGGACUGAAAUCAACCACAAACUAUGUAGACUUCUAUUCUACCAGACGACCUUCAUAUAGAGCAGAACAAUAUCCUGGGUCUCCUGACUCCUGGGUGUAGCAUUAGAAAACCACAAAGAGGAACACUGUAUCUUUCUAACUUUGCCUGAGAAGAGAUUUAGUGAUGGGUUUGCUGUUUUGAGGGAGAAAUGUGAAAGUGAAUUACAAAGAAGGAAACAAGGAAGAGCUUUUUUCCCAAUGGGGAUUAUCUGGAAGAUGGGAGAGAAAUUGGAAAGGGAGAACUUUUUGCUCUGUUUAGAUGUUAGACCUAAUUACUUGUAGUUCCUAUAGUCUGGUGAAGGAGUGGGCAAUGUGAUGAAAGGUUUGAGAAUUGAGGGGAAAUGGAUUUGGGAAAUGUGUAGGUCAGAUCAAAUUUCAAAUGAUUUUUUUAAAAAAAUGUGAAUAAAAGUCUUGUUCUCAUAGUUUGUACAGAAACAAUGGAUGCUCUUCUUGUUCUACUAUUGCUAAAUGUCAAGAUUGUAUGCUAUCAUGUCUUGUAAAUUUCUUUUUAGUUGGUGUAAAUAUGGAAAUGCCACACUGGUUGGAAGUGCCAUCAUUUGUAAUACCGUGUGUCAUUUUAAAAACAGGUCUCAAAAGCUGACAUCUUAAAAAAAGAGUGAGCGAGAGAGAAAACAUACAAUAAGUUGUUAUAAAUAAAUAUCAUUUUGUUUUUAAAAUGAAUGGUGUAAUUUUGAAGCACAAACUUCAGUCCAGUAUAUCUGCACCUUUCUCAUUCCCUGCCUCUUUCACAGAAUAGUUCACUGCCAUUUUUAAUGCCUAUGGGAAAAAAAAUAAAUGUGGACGUCUCAUCCAUGGAAAGUA